AUGGACAUCCAGCAGGAGAACAGACUCCAACAGCCAGAUAAAUGGUUUGAGUACUAUCGGUUCCAGCGGAGUAGAGACCCACCAGGCGAUGCACGGAACACUAUGUUGGUGGUGGCCACACUGAUCGCUACGGUGACUUUUCAAGCCGGACUCAACCCUCCCGGCGGUGUGUGGCAGGACAAUGAUGGACAUGAAGCCGGAAUCAACCCUCCCGGUGGUGCCUGGCAGGACACCGCAGAUGGACAUGAAGCUGGAAAGUCCAUUUUAGGUUACAACCAUUCUGUAUACAAAUUAUUCAUUCUUGCUAACACUUUGGGGUUUUCAGCUGCUUGUAACAUCAUUGGUUACUUCGUUAAGGGCUGCCCCAUGUACAUGGAGGUGUAUAUUGCCAUCUUAUCCAUGUGCUUCACUUAUGGAGUUGCAGUUGGUGCUAUCUCGCCUGAUGGGGCGCUGAAUUCAAGCUUAUUCGCGAUAGCCUUGUUUCUGCCCUGUUUACUACGGUUGUUGGUGAAUUGUUCCAAGAAGUAG